AUUUGUCACAACAUUGUAUGUAAAUUACAUUGUAAUGAGUCAUUUUUGAAACAGACGAGCCUUUUAAUUUAUUUGGUGAAUGUUAUUACAAGGUAUACUCAGAUAGAUUUAAAAUAAUUAUUCUUUAAAUACUUAACAAGUUUAAUACAUGUAGUUAUGUUAAAUUAUGCAAGGUCCUUGUUGAUUCAGCUAUAUUAACAUUGAUGACGUCUAUAACCUAGUUACUAGUGUAAAUCUACUCUCUCAAUGCGAAUUUGUUACUGAGUUUUUUAACUAUGUAAAUUUUGUCUAUACGUUAUAAGAUGUUCCAUCUAAAGCUCAAAGGCAGGGUAGAAAUUUAAAACCUGUCUAAAUUCUUGGGCAUUUCCUGCCAAAAUUAUAUCCUUUAUUUCGCAUGAAGACAAUAAAGAUGAAGAAUGUACCAAGAGACGCAGCCUCAUAAUAGGUAGUAAGUCAGAGGAUGGGAAAUGACAAAAUUAAAAGAACACACACACAAAAAUGAAUUUGAACAGCAGCAGAUGCUAUUUUAAAAAAGGCCAAGGAAUAUAUAUAUAUAUAAAAUAACACAAAAUAUUAUUUGAUUUUUUAGUAAAAAAAGUUGUAUAAUUGAGCCAUCAAGUUUCAUAUGUUAAAAUGGACGAUUUAUUUUGUCUCAUGGGUGCUGAAAAACAAUAAACAUAAAGAGAAAUAAUGAUUAAACGUAGUCAAUAAAUAGUUUUGUAUGUGUGUUUAAUUUAACUGUAUGAUACUUUGAUCCUCAAAGGUUAAACAAAUAAAAUAAUAUUUUAUAGUUAAAGAAGGCUGCGGGUUUUCGGACAAGGGCCCAUGAAUUGAGAGUUUAGGGCUUAGGGUUAUUAAAAAAAUAUUUAAAAACUAUUGUAGGGUUUGUACGACUAAAUCUGGUAUCAAAUGAAAGAUAAUUGAAUGGAAUAAAUUUGUGUAAAUUUAUUUCUUCAGUUUAACUAAAAGAAACUACAACAAAUGACAUCCGACUAGCAUUUAGUCAAAAUGGAACUGGAAACGCAUCGCCGCUAUUCGGAACCGAGUCACGUUAGAUUAAAUGCUAUUCCGAUGUCUUUUGUUGUAGUUUAUUUUAGUUAAACUGAAGAAGUAAGUUUGCAAACAUAAAGUCCAUUCAAUUAUCUUUCAUUUGAUACCGAAUUUCGUCUUACAACCUAACAAUAAUAUUUUUCAUUUAAAUUUUAAUCCCAACCUCUCACUUCUCAGACCAAGGUCCGAAUAGCCACUUCGGUUAAAGAAUGUGUCAAUAAAUUUACUUUUAUUUCUCAUUUAGGUGACCCAACUAUUUCUUUUCAAACGUUGUUGUUGCACAUUAAGUUUUGCAGAUUGAUAAUGUUAUCGAACACUAUAUUUAUACGAAGUGGUUAAUUGGAUACCGAAUUUGAUACCAAAAUGGACCCGGGCAGGGAUCGCCGCUAUUCGGACCCGGGUCCCUUUAGCCUAAAUGCUAUUCGCAUAUCAUUUGUCAUAGUUUAUUUAGUUAAACUCAAGAAUUUAGUUAUAGUUCAUUUGAUACCAGAUUUUGUCGUACAAACCCUACAAUAAUAUUUUUAUUACUUUUUUAAUAAACCAAACAUCUCGUUUCUGACACCGGGUCCAAAUAGCCACAGUCAUAUUUCUAUUGAUAUAAUAAAUACAUUUAUUAUUAUAAUAGGUACCAACAAAUAUUCUUGGUCUUGGAAUAGCAUUAAACCUUUUAAGUGUCACUUUUUUUUAAGCUUAGAGGAUUUAUGAUCUAUCAAUUGAUCAACUAUAAAAUGUAAGUACAUUUCAGAUUAUCAUCAUGCGUCAAAAAUGGAAGAAUUUAAAGUUCACUGCAGACUUUCUACUGAAGAUUGGAAUAUUAUUCGAACAUUUAAAAGGUAUUUUCUCCUUUCUAACAAAAUUAUUUCAAACUAGGGCAACCGUUUCAAUCAUUUGAAAGUCUCCCGAGUUAGUAUUGUAUUAUUAAUUUCAAUCAGCUAAUUGUCUAUAUUUUCCUACUUCAUUUCAUAGCAAAUGCAAUAAACAAAGAUAUGCUAGACAGGUCAUAACGUUUGCCGUGAAUAAUUAAACUGUUUCUAUCUUCAAAAAUGAAAGAACAAUUAUAGGCUUUUUGAGGACAUUGCAACUUGCAUUAGAUAAAGAUCAAUGGUUAACAAAGUUUGCUAAACAUUGCAUUAAAUAAAGGUCAGUAAAAAGUAUCUUCUGUUUAUUUAUUUGCCUUCAGAUUCUUAACACAGACAUUACACAGGUGAACACAAAAAUAAAAUAAAAGUAUUCUUGUUGUCUUGAGAUUUAGAUAAUUGUGACAAGCGCUCAUCCUUGCAGUUAAUGUCUUAGCUCACAGAAUUAAAAUAUUUUAUAAGACAUAUUAAAGAAAUUGUGCACAGUAAAAGUGAUUCGAAACAAUUCAAGGAGUGAAAGUUUUGAUAAAUUUGAGUUGACCGAUAUGAUAAGAAACAUAGAUAUUUACGAGUAAUCGUCUAAAAGGCUUAACCACGGAAUGUACUUUAGCCUGUAACCAACAUUUGCAUUUAUCAAGGAAAGGAAAUUUUAACUUCCAAAAUUUACCGAAAGCAAUAUUUUAUUAUUAUUUAAUGACAUCAUGGUUCUUCUGAGUGGAUUUUUGUCUUUCAUAUUUAUAAAUCAGUGUGUUAUAGCGUUGCAUCGCUAUUUCUAAAUGUAGCUUGAAGUUUUUUCUUUAAUUAUUGGAGACAAAAAUAUAUUAAAAUAGAUAAACUAUUAGGAUGAAAAAAACACGCUAAUUUAUUUAGUGUGCAAAAAAUAUAUUUCAUCAAAAACCUCUAUUGAUUAUUUGUUUAUUUUUUAAAAAGUUGCAAUUUUGCACUGUGAUUCCUUUUAAAUACCAGACGUUCAAGAAAAAAGUAUUUUUUAAAGUAAAAAAUCAGCUUUUAAUUGGAUUGUAGUUAGAAAGAUAUAUAAAUUAUUUCCUUAUUCAUAAAAUUAUAAACUAAGUAACUAGGCUUCUUGUUAUUAAUGGUAUUUUAUGGUUUUCAUCGUUCUAGUAGUUAUGGUAAAGACUAUGUUUUGCAUUUUUACUCAAAGGAAAGACAGUAGGCAUAUAAAAAACUCAACUCAUCAUUCAACCGACCGGGUGUCUUUGGGUUAGGAUGGCCCCCCGUCUGGUCGAGCAGACUCGGGUGGGGGCUGUCCUGACAAAGAGACAUCCUUGACGUGCCGCUCCGCGGCCCGAUACCGGGUUGGGGAGGGGUGUUUUGGGGAGGGCAUAAAGCGCGCAAUCUCGACGGCCCGCUGAUGCCAUUUCUUAAUGUAAUAUAUAGCAUCAAUGAAUAACAAUGAAUCGUUUCCCAAGUCUUAAGUUUGUUUAUGGUGUGAAGAGAUUUAUUAUAGUCACUUAAAUUUCUUUUACGAUAUACUUAUUUUAGAAGCAAAUCUUGAAAGUGUCCCCAAGCCAUAAACCUGCAAAAGAGGAGAGAGGCAAGGAAAAAUAUGAAUUUUUUCGAUCUUCUGCGGAAUUUCUCAUGCAGAUCCUACUCUCAGAAAUUAUACAAAAGUAGAUUUUUGGGGGACUAAUUCGAAUGUUUGGACCAUAACUAUGCGUCUUAAAUAGGAAAUUAGCAAAUGUUAAAAAGCACUUUUGUUUGCAUAAUUAAUACGUUGCUUUAUUCUUAAAAUUUCAUAUAUUGAGUAUUUAAAAAAAAAUUAGAGAUAUAAGAAAAUUUUAAUAAAAGAGGCCUUUUUUUAAAUCAGCAGACCAAAGAUACAUAUAAACAGUUCUAAAAUUUCAGGCACCAACUUUGUAUUGGCGAGUGUGUGUUUGUUUAAUGAAUAAUAAAUAGUUCAUUAGAAAAAAAAUAAUUAUAUGAUAGCAUAAUUUAAUUAGUUUCAAUAUAAUGUUAAUAACAAUAAAAAAGAAGAAAUUGAAAAUCAAAUCAAAAUUUUGAAAUUAGGUUUCCUUAUUUAUCCCGCAGAUAAUUAUGCCAAUCACUGCGAUCCUGCACAAGAGGGAAGCCAAUACAAUUUUAAAUUAAAUGUCAACUUAUCUGAACAUAUAGACCCAACCGAUCUGUUGAUUUUAAAUGAAGGUACCGGUACCCCAAUUGCAAAAUGUGAUGUGGUCAAGAGCUUAUGCAAACCGAAUUUUUCUAGAUUAAUUGCAGUUGGAAUCUCAAAAGAAAAAUCCAGUUACAUUUCCACACUUAAUGUAACAAUUUUUAAAAUCACGCGAGACAAAAAAUACUUGAAUGCUGAAGGAAAAUGGACUGUCAGAUCCAACAACGAAAUAGUUUCUUCCUGCUUUGUGCAUGUAUUCUGUAAGUUCAUAUAUGGUCUAUUUUGCAUACAUUACCUAUAAUUUUAUUAUUAUGUACACAAUAUGAAUGCUUUUAUCAAGUCUGCCAAAGACAAUAAAUCGGCUAAAAAGAAGAACAUACAUUCAUGAAAUAAAACAUACAUACUUUUUUUUUGUAGCUUUAAACAUAAUAAAAAUCCCCAAUUUCUAUAUCUGUGCAAAAUCGUAAAAUGUUGUUAACAGCAAAUCACGAUUUAGUGGUAUCAGUAAAAUGUUGUUCGUCAACAUUUUUAAAAAUUAAUUCUUAGUUUAUAGGUAUAUAUAAUUUUAGUAGAGACUUACUGGCACCCACAGAAACAUAAAUCAGAAAGUAUCUUUUAUAAUUAAUCCUUCAACAUUCAAACAACCAGUGGUAAUAAUUAUUACUAUUUUUAAUCAUAUUUAAAGUCAAUUUUUGUUAAAAAUUAUUUCUUUCAUUUUUCAGCCCGACCUCCCAAUGUUCGUUGCAUCAGUGAUGCAUGCAAUAAAGUCCUGCAGCUGACGUGUUUGACAUCACAAGUUUACCCAUCGAUUACCUGUGAAUUCAGUUUCAAGGUAAUCAUAUAAGCUGUAUAUUUCUAUUGUUGAUCUUUUGGGAUAUAGAUCGUCCAUUAUGAUUUCACAAAUUCGUAUUGCCUAAGUGUCUACGUUACUAUUGUUGAACUUGUCAAUUUCACGAAACAUUUUUUCGCUACGGUGUUCGUCAACUUUCUAGGUAAGAUCGUUAAAACUUAAUGUCUGUUAAAUUAAAAUUAACCAUCAGAAGGCGAUUUCAUUCUGCUAUGUUAUAUUUGAAGGAUCCACAAUAACUCGGAGGGAGCGUUGCAACGAGUCUCAGUCGAUUUUCAACUUUCAACAAGUUUGAUGCUUCUAAUCUCUUUUAAAAUCGCUAUGUCAUAUACAGCAACAUCAAAGAUGACUUGCAGACGUGCUAUUGGUUUCCAUUAAUUGGCAGUUUCAAGAUUCAGUCGUUUAUGGAUGAUCUUUAAAUGUGAAUAUGUAUUCAUACAAAUUAUACAAAUUAUAUAUAUGGUUUUGAAGGGGAUACUUUACUUGUUUCAAGGGCUACUCAAUCUACUAUUCUAAUUGUUCAGCAAAGUACUUGCACCCGCCAAUGAAACCCAGCACCUACAAAUCUCCUCAUUUCUGGAAAGCCUCAACAAAGAAAGCUGCUGCCAUUUGAUUGUAACUUCGUAACUUAAGGAAGAAAAAGUUUAAAAAUCAAUGCAAAACAUUAUAAGUAGUUUCUCUAGAAUGACCUUUAACAUCUUGAUGUCCCAAACAACAUGUUACAGAUAUGACAUUAAAGUGAUGAAAGAGGGUGUGGAGCUGGGGAGUUACGCUGGUUAAAAAUGCAUGGCGUACUGAGAAAGGCUAGAAGCAGCUUAAGGUUGACAGAGAUUUCAAAAAUUAUAGAAAUACGGCAGGCAUGGAAAUAUGUAGCUUUGCCUUUGCCCUACUGAGAGUGAAAAGGAAAACAAAAAAGACAGAACUUUAAUUAUUAAUUUAAUUUAAUUUUUUUUUAAAAUAUUAUUUUCAGGUCAGUUUCAUAAAUAUUCCACCACUUAUUUUGUCAAAGCCUUAUGAUUAAUAUUUAUAAUUUUGUUUUUAAUUUACAUAUUUAGAGAUAUAACAUGAUAUCCCUUGUGAUUAAGUAUUUGCGUUUUGAUGAAUAAUUUAUUUUAAACUUAGAACUUAACCUAUGUUAAAAGUUUAACAAAAAAUAACUUUCACUAUGAUGACAUAGAUGCUAUAAAGACAUUUUUAAAUUCCUUCAAUCUUAGGCCCCUAACUCUUAAGAAAGAUAAUGAUUCUCUUUAUUAAGACAUUUUAUAUACUUAAUAACAUUUGAAUGUUGAUUAUAUUGCUUCUUUUACUAAAAAUAUUUAUUCAAGUGCAUAAUGAACCAUUUGAAAAGCACGUUAAAAAGAGAAAACAAUAUCUGUAUUACACAUGAGAAAACAUAUUUUUUCUUUUACGUAAUGAGUUAUUUCACUGCCUUUUUUUUCCCUUUUUUUGUCUAUCAUUCUACAGAACACCUCCAACGUUUCAAAACAGAAAAUACUUUACAGUCAUAUCAAGUUGCCAGGAAAAGUUACAUAUUUUCUAUCCAUGUGUUUCUCAAAAUUUCCAAUAACACAUAAAUUUCAAGGUGUAGGAAAUGUCAUCAUUCAUCCAGAUAUUGAAGGACAUGGAAAGGCAAAUACAUUUUUUAUGAACGAAACACUGCCUAUAGGUCUGUUCAUUUGGUUGCUUUUUCUUCGACAUAAGAGCAUUUUUUAAAUGCUGUAUCAAGUAUUUUUUCAAUAGUUUAUAUUGUUUUGUUUUUUCUAAUAUUAUUUUUAGUUUUAAAAACAAAGUUAUUAUAAAAAUGCCAGUCAUUUCCAUAUUGCUAUAGUAAACGAAGACAUUAAUAUAGAGCAGUCGAAAUCUUAAUAUUAUAAUACAACAAUUUAUUUAAGGAUAUCAGUAGAUACCAAGGGUUUCUUUCCCAAAAUGAUACUUUUAUAUUUUUGCUAAGAGAACAUUGUAAAUAAAGCAAUUAAUUAAUGUACAUAUGAAAAUUAAUUCUUAAUCGACCUCAUUAACAAGUUAGAUAAUUACUACAUGAUUUUAAAAAAAUGUAAUUUAAUACUUGUGUAUUAUAUAAAAACUAGAGAAUAUAAGCCGUGGUUACUUGUGUAACAAUGAAAAAUAAAAGGCAUGUUCCAUACUUGUGCAAGGUUUAGCAUCGAAAAGCCAAAUGUAUAAGUAUGUAACUAAAUGGAAACUAGUUGUAUCCUAACUUCAAGAUAAAAUAUAUAUAUAUAUAACAAAUAUGUAUAAAGACCUUAUCCAUAUGUAUAUUUAUGAGGUUGUAAACCAGUUUGUAAGAACAAGCUGUGUAUCUACGUAUAGAUAUUUUCGUUUCUAACAUCAGUUUUAAUAUACAAUCUUAUAUAGGCGUACAAAAAUAAAAAAUAAAAUUCACGCCCCUCAUCCAUAAAGAAUACGUUUUCAAAAUGUUUAAGCUAUGUCCAUUUUUUUUAAAUCCAUAAAGUAAACAUCUCAGCUUGAUAUAUUUAUUUCAUUAAAAAUAUAAUAAGCCAAUUAAAUUGUUCCUAAACUAUACUAAUGGAAUUCUUUCGGAAAAUACAGAAUUCUUAUAUAUACUGAAAAAUAUAUUUACCAAAGUUCACGUCUCUGACAUCAGUAUGUUUUUUGAAAUAUGAUUAAUCUCAUAAAAUAUACGCAAAUUUUGCACAGAAUGUAAACACCAGGAAAUUUCAUGUUCAAGCGCCCUGAAAAUAUUUUCGGUAAAUGGAAAAACAAGUAUGACUUUAUCUUUAAAGAUUACAUUUUAACUUUCUUUUUUUAAAAUAUUAUUAUCCGCAUUCACGAUGUUUCAACUCACUUUCUUACGCCAUUGAAGUAUAUAUUUUUUUCUACAAAUAUUUUCAAAAAGUUUUAAGGCUUUAGCAUACUAUUACUUGUGGAAAGAUGUCUAAAGUCUCUAAAAGCCAUUGACCUGUAUUUUCGAAUAGUAUUGUGCCAAUUUAGUAACUUAUGUCCGCAACCUAGCUUUCAAAGGGUUAGUUAACGGGAGCUGCCGUCUUUGAGUUUAUAACCACACGUAACAAGUCGUUCAUCUGGCGGUCAGCUAUAUCACAUUUCAAUUGGAUUUCAACAAGAUACUUUGAGUUUUUAUCCCAAAAUAAGACCCAUAGCAUUAUGCAAAUAGAUUUAGCUUCACAGAUUUGUUUGUCAGUAAUUGUAAUAAAUAUGAAAAUUUUUCAGAGAUAUAAAACUAUUGGUAAGUUAAGCCUUAAAUAGGGCUCAGGGUUUGAUCGAGAGACUUGAACUUCCACAGUAGACUUUUUUUCCACAAUGCUAACUACAAUAUCUCUCUGAUUUCUUAAUCUCUUGUCUUCACAGUAUAGGAAAUGUACUUAUUUCUAAUCCCGCAAAUAUUUUAGUCUUUUACAAUUUUAAUAUUUUUCAGAUACAGGUUUGGAAAAUUGUGAGAAAAGAAUGCCAGUACCGUACCACUUGAAGUUCCAUUGCUCAUUUCAUUCAUAUUUUGACGAAUCAGAGGUUGUUGUCGAGGCAGCUAAUUUAACAGUAAUUUCAUGCAAUAUUAGCUCUAACAAGUGCAAAAAUUUGUCAAAAAAAAUGUUAAAUAUUACUUACAACCAUCUGACAGCUCACAAAGUAUGGUUAGAGAUAGACAUCUACGAUAUUUCCAAAGACGACAUUUUAAAUACAAUAGGAAACUGGACCAUCGUGUAUGAUUCUUUCGUUGUAUGCUCAAAAAAAUUAAACGGAUACGGUAAGUUGCAAUUGAUGAAAACUAUGAUAUAUUGUUUUAUUUAAUCUAAAUGACAGCUUUCAGGUUGAAAUAUUGUGUUAUUUUCGAGCUUCGUGUUUGAACACCUCCUCCCUCUUUGUUCAGGGAGGCCCGCACUCCAAAAGUCAUAAACAGAGAUGCCUUUAAGCAUAGCCUGAGUUAAGUGUCUCCCGCCCCUCUGCUUUACUUUGGAAACACCAGACCAUGCAUUGCGCUGUGCGCUUGACCAGCACGCCCCCGUCACCCACCGCAAUGUUACGUCAGCGCGGUCAGCUCUUUGGCAUGUGACCAUAAUGGAAAAACUACGCAGUGCCUAGAAAGAGGGGCGUAGGGCAGAAAAUAAGUGGUUGAUGUGGGUUCUCGCUGUUUUUAAGCAGAUCUAUUCAGCUGCCAAGAAGCGUGUCACUCAGAUUGUUAAUAUGUGCUAAGAUUUUGUAUUUUAGUAAACUGAUACUUAUGGCUAAAACCAGAAGGCACGUAUCCAGCGUCUGUAGUCACUUUAUAGGAAGUAACAAAGAAACUUCCCUUCCUGCAGUGUAUCCGUUGCCCCGGCAACCAGAUAUUUUUUUGGAAUUUCUUCACAAGCAAAAUCGCUGAAUUUCAUGCUGAACUUGAUCGUCGUGACCGCCUCCUAGAUUUGCCUCCCCUUUUUCUCGUGUCAGCUUACAUUUCGAUGGUUUUAUUCCUGUUUCAGGACAAGAGGUAACAAGUAAUAUUCUAAAAUCUAAACCUACGUCAUGUUCUUUGGACCCUAUCUCUACCCCGUGAUGGCUGAGUCUUUCUAUCAAUUACUCCCAGCGUUAACUCGCAUGGUCCAAAAAAGCUUGUCUCCUGGCACUGCUCUCUCUCUCUCCCCCCCCUCUCUCUCUCUCUCUCUCUCUCUCUCUCUCUCUCUUUGUAACUCAGCUGUCAUCAGACCUUUCCUUAUGAAGCCUGGUCUGGAUUAAAAUAUUUUUUUUUAAAAAUAUGAACCUGUAUCUAACUUAUCAUUUUUAUCAAAAGUCAUUACAAAAAUUAAUUCAAAUACAAAAAACACAAAUGUGUGUGUACUUUAACGACCACUCUCUGCUUAGUCCUAUUCAGUCGGCCUAUAGAUAUUUUCCCAUCACACAGUUAGCUCUCUUGAGAGUCAGCAGUGCUCUCUAGCUUGCAAUUUGUUCAGGUACUUAAAUUGGUCAUGCACGUAAUCAAUUGUUACCGAAGAUUUGAUUAUGUUUGAUGAGCUGGUUAUGUCUUAAGGUUAAGAUUUAAAUAAAAUUCCAUGAUUUAUGGCGUAUGUUAAUUUAAUUUUAGAAUUUAACCUUAAGAAAACUGAGUAAUUUGUCUUACAACAAAAUAAUGAUUAAAUUUGUAUUCCCAUUUUUUUAAGGCGAUGAAAAAAGCUGGCCAUUUGUGAUUUUGUUUCUAUUAUUUCCAUGUUUUGUGAUAUUUUAUCGGAAAUACUUAAUUUCGUAAUAAAUCACCUGUAAAUAAUAUAUUAUAUUGCAAUAGUUUACUAGGCUCAUCUAAAAGGUUUAAAAAGAAAGAAAACAGUAACACUAAAGAUUACCGAUUAGUGCAACAUUACUAUUUUGACUGUUACACCUCAUUUUGUAAUAGCAAUCAUUGCUUACAGCGCCAUCGGUUAAAACACAAAAACAAUUACCGCAUUCAGCCGCGGCACGGUUUGCAUGUUACAGUCCGCAUAGUGGUUGAUCAGCUCUGUUACAGCACACUGUAUCCGACAGACGUGUUUGCCUUCUUUUUUUUUUUAGAAGGGUUUAUAUAAAGAAAAAAAAAUGUGAUUUGCACAUUACCAAAAAAUACCGAUCUACUACAGCCUUAACAUUAGAGAUCAAAUUAAAAAGUAUUCUUUAUUUGGUGUGGUGAAAAACCACCAAUUUGAAUCUCAUGGCCAAACUUUUUAAAAAAUAUUAAAACUGGAAAACAUUGGCAUCAUCAUAUUUUCAAAAUCAUUUGAUCACAUUCUACGGUAAACUCACAUAUAAAAUAUGCUGAGAUCCCAGCUUUCAAAUUAACACUUGAAAAGUAAUUGGUUUUAUUUCUCUAUUGUGUUUUACGCCUACUGCAAACAAGGUAAAAAAAAAUGUUUGUUUUAAAUUAGAAUUUUGGAGUUUUAAUGCUAUAGAGUGAGUUGAGAUUUCGGCAUUCAUAUGUUAGUCGGUACAACCUGCGGUUUUUUCUACGUAGAUGCCUUGCUCCGAACAUUAGCGAGUAAUGCAAAGUUACACGUGCCAUUUCUUUUCAGUUACUUGGUUACAACGUGUUAUGCAGUUAUUCUCGCUAAAUUGCUAAUCAUUCAUACAAAGAUGUAUACAAUCAAUUCUAGAGGUAUUCACUUGUAAAUAUUCAAUUGUAGCGUUUAUGUCUAAAUAAAAAUGUGUUCAAUCCACAGGAAGAACUUCAUCACAAAUCGCACCGGAACAACUCGAAAAACUGUAUUUGAGACUUUCAGACAGUGCUCCGACUCAAGGUAACCUGAUAUUAAUAUUAUUUUAAAAAUAGAUACAAUAAUGUUUAAAAAAUUGAGCAAUUUAGGCUUAAUGUCCUCGACUUAAAGACUCAGGAGUCAAUGAUACUGGAUGAAUUUAAUGUUUUUCGUUCUGAUAGAUCGACUGACAGCGAAAAAUCUAAGGGAGGUAUUUUUAAUAUUUUUAUGUCAACUAAAAAAUUGCUGAAACAUGAACAACACUACAAUGAAACACAUGGUCUGUACACCCGACAUUGAGCUUCUGUGGGUAACCUUAAGACCAUAUUGUCUACCGAGGGAGUUCACCAAUAACUGCAUUGUCCUCAUUUACAAUAAACCUAGAGCUAACAAAUAGCAAGCAACUGACAGACACUUGAAUAAUAUGCAUGAUUUUAAAUAAACAAAAUUAAGACUCGUUUUGUUAUGAGAUAAGGUAAAGUAACAACUUGUUGCUAGAUAAUUCCAUACUAACAUUGACAUAACCACGUGCAACAGUUUAAAAAAAACCACAACUAAAAAAUACAAUUUUUUAGAAGUUAACAAAGAGAUUAGGUUAGUUACUGUUCCAUAUUAAGAAUACAUCGGUAGGUCAUUAAUAACUAUUGCACAAACGUUUAAGACUAUUUCUUUUCACGAUUGGACAAUAUGCAUAUUACUUAAAUGUCAAUAAAAAAUAAUCCAUUGUUUAAACAAGGAAACUCUCAAUACCUCGUAUCAAACUCCAAUAAAAAUAGCCACUCGCUUUAUUUUAAAUCUGCAUACAGCUUUAAACUAGCAUUACAAUAAAAAACAUUCUAUACUUAUUUAUAAUAAUUAUUACACCUAUAAUUCUUUUAAGAAAGAUAUUGUUCUAAGAAAGAUGACACAAUUAAAUUUUAGAUGAUGUGUAUAUAGUUUACUUUUUAGUUUAUAAUACGCGUCUGCAGAAUGCAGGGCAAAUAUGAUUUACUGCAAUAUAUCAAAUAGUGAUUUUAUAAACAAAUACAAAUUAAAAAAGUAAUAACUUUUUUUUUAAAAUAGAUUAGUCAUUUAAUUUUAAAUUUUAAAAAUGCAACACAUUCUAUGCCAUUGGGAAAAUGACCUUCUAUAGGAAGGGACAUAUUUACACUUUGAAGAUUGUUAACAAACGUCUCAUAAUCUUCAGUUUCUAAUUAAUGACCCCAAAAGAAUAUAUUUAAAUCCAAUAUUUUAUAAAAUUACGAAACCAAUUUUUAAAAAUAAGUAUUUUCCAUUCUAAAAUUGCUAUUUAAUCGAGAUUCAUAAUGCACUUCUCGAGGUUCGUACACUUUGAAAAGUACAUGUUCUUGUAAGCGUGUUAAUGUCUUGAAACGUUUAAUCGCUUUUAUAUUGGUUAGAAAUCAAUGGGCUUUAAACCGUUCAUUCUCUUAACGAUGUUCAUGAGCUUUGAAAUGAGCAUAUGUUUUGAGACGCUCCUGUGUUUGGAGACGUUCGUGUGGUUUGAGACGUUGAAUUUUUUUUAAGAGGCACAGUAAUCUAACCGGACAAGCAAUGUGGGACACCUUGUAACACGGAAAGCAAAUGAACAAUACAAAACUUAAUGUAGCUCUUUUCCCGCAAAAUAUUAUUUAGCUUCAAAUUUAUUAAUCAAUGUUUUUAUUAUUUUCAUUUUUGGGAAACUAUUGUGAUUUAUACGGGAGAGAUAUGGUAUAGUACACAUUUAAUACGAAUAAUUUUACACAUAACGAAUUUGUUUCGCAUUAAAAUAUUGCAUAUAGUUUAUUAGCCUCUCAAAAGGUAUUCUGAAGAUCAUGCAAUUCAACAUUAAAGGUAUAUUCCUGUCAUAAAAUGAACAAGACCUAUUCUAAUCUAAGUCUGGCAGAUGAUGCGUUGCUCAGUUCGUAGGCCUAACUCUCUAGUCCUUUUCUAUGUGUUCCAAUGGCCAGAUAACUAGAAAUAGAUCAGGAUGCAGUAGAUAACCAGCAGUUUUCUUUGUGUCUCAAUGUGCUCUUUAUGCUUUCCACGUCCCAAGGCUUGGCGGAAUUUUCAUUUUGUCAAUGUCAUACCGCCCUACGGUAUUCCAUCUGCGGGUUUCAUUCUCUUAUAAGACUCAGUAUUCAAGGUCUACGAGUCCCAUCCGCUUGGAUGAAAAGUGCACUCUCGUGGGUAUUGCUAUACAAAUAGCGAUGUCCUUCUUUUCUCGAGCUCUUACUACGAUAUGGCACUUUUACAUCUAGAUCUAAAUUUUACUUUUUCAAAUUCCUUAAAUGAUAACAAACAUGGUGUCUCUUUUGUCAGUUGUGUCAACACAUGUCAUUAUAGAGCUGUUCGCCAGCUGGAUCCUAUACUCCUUUAACCCUCCAGAUAACAAGGGUCUCAUUCACCUCGGAGUGUCACUAAAUUAGGAAAAUACAAAUUUGAAAAAUGUUACAAACUCUAAGGUGAAGGCAGAGUGAAUUAACCCAUCAGUAAAUACAAUGAGGUUGAGACAGCGGUACUCAAUAAAAUUAAUAGCUACUCCUGCUGCACACCUUGCACCUAGUUGUAAAGACCAUACGAGACCAUACGAGACCAUACAAGACCAUACGUGACCAUAUAUAGUUAUCUUUUUAACCUCCACACAAAAUCCUUCCUUACCUCCCGAGGAAAUUCCCAGCAAAACAAAAUACUAGUUGCCUUCUAUGAUUAUUCUUAUUUCAUGUUAAUUGCUGUGUUAACUUAACCAAUGGUUUAUUUAUUUUUAUUUUUUUUUUAAAGUAUUUUUUCUAUUCUUAGAAAAUAACUUAUAAUUUCAUGGCGUAAGUCUGCCUUUAAAUAAGAUAAGUUAGAAACAUAAUUGUGGAAUAGAUCAUAACAAAACGGAAUUUUGCUCGAAAUGCAUUUCACUUUUUUUUUGUUACACAUAUUAAUUAAUAACGAUAGAAUAAUCACUCUAAAUAAUGAAAUCUUUAAAAAAAAAAGACAUUUUCAACGUUGAAAGAUAUAUUUAAAAGUUGAUAAAUAUAUUCAAUUUAAAAAAAAAAAAGCAACAUCGACAAGGAAAGUUAACGUGCUGUGGAUUCAAAUUGUAGGGAUAUUAUUAGAUGUAUAGUAUGUACGUUUUUCUUUUUUAAUUUGUAAGACUUGGGUUGGACCAUCUGAUCUGUGGAUAAUCUGAAUUGUAUGGGUAAGUGACAUAUGAACUUAGACAAAAUUGAUAGGAUUUUAUUUUGAACAAAAAAUAAUCUUAAUAUCUCUUAUCAUCGCAAUAAAUACAAUGAUGGAUGUACAACUAUGAAGGAAAAUUUCAAUGAUUCGUUUGAAAAAUCACAGUAAAAUAAUUUUACUCUACUCAUUAAAAAAUAUUUAAAUGCCUAAUUCAUUUCCGGUUUUAAAUAAUGAUACGUCACUGCAAACUUUUUAUUUCACGCCCAUGAACUCUAUAAAUAUAGCCGACCCGCGGCUUAGCAUACGCCGCGAGCUUGUUUGGGUGUGCUCAUGGCUUUGCAAGCGAGGGUAGUGCACGAGGGGUGGGCGGUAGCUCCAUCGCAGUGCGCAUGCCUCAUGUCCAACGAUAGGCAGGCAGGAAAAGGAAAGGGAGGUUUGGCCUGAAUCUUGCUGGCUAGCUCUGGCGUGUUUUCUAUAUAUAGCCUGCGUCGUUGUCUUCUUUGUCUUCAUGCCCUUGUUUUUCUGGCAUAUUAUAUGUAUAGAUGAGAGUGUAAAUGAUGACACACAAUUUAGAAGGAUUAAAUGUGUUCAAAUGUUCCCCCAUUCGAGAGCAUAUACAUUUCAAUCUCAAAGAGACCAAAGUUUUCCGGUAAAAUCUCAUUGAGUCCUUCUUUUGGGAAACAUUUUGUAUGCAGUGCAAUAGACAUUCUACUAGGGUUCUCUCUGUUUUGUCUUGUGAUUUUUCAGGUUUUUCCAAAUUCUGUAUGUUCUUUUUCAUAUUUUGUUUUGGAAACAGUUAUUCAUGUUAUUGCUGUAUUAAUAUUUUAUUUUUACUUAAAUACAACUAUUUGUGUUAUAACAUUCCCAGUGUAUUUUAUUUUAACAUACCUUUUAACCUGAUGAAGUAACACAAUGCACAAGAAGUAAUCUCGAACAUUUAACAAAUUGUUAGACAUAUAUUUUCAUCAUAAUUUUUUUAUAUUUUUUUUCAGGCAAAAGCAAAGGCUGUUCUCAAGAUUAUACACUGUUGAAGACUUUGGUAAUUUUUAUUUUCAUUGUAAACUUUUUGUAAUAGCAAUUAGUUGUUACACUUUAUAUAUAUUUUGUUAGGUAAAUAAGUUAUUGUAUAUAACAUAUUGUUUAUAUUAUAUAUUUUAAUAACUUUACAAAUAAUUAUCAAUAUUAGAUCAUUGACAUCUGUUAUUAAAGUAUCACAUUAAACAUGUCAAAAAUCCUUCAUUGCUUUACUUAUGUAAAUAUAUUGCAACGUUUUUUAGUUUGUUUUACCAAAAGCUUUUUAAGAACAAACUAUCAAUAAAUUAUGUUUACGGUUUCCUAUAACAUUUAAUGAAAAUGAAAUGUUUCUUUGCGUCCUGUUUUUUUUUAUUCAAGUAACAAUGAACUUGAUAAACAUGCUGUUAGUGUUUCUUGUCGUAAAAAAGCAACAUUAGUGUGGACUUUGGUCAAGACAAGAAUUAGCCACAAAAGUACUAAGGCUCAACCGUCCUCUAGUAGAACAUACGGCCAUGUUGUUAACAAACAUAAAAAAAGAGAACCAACAAAGACAAUUUGGCACACGAAUGAAGCGUAGAUCUCGUGGAAGUAAAGAAGGAGGGAAAUAAAAGUGAAAAGCAGAACAAGAGGACAGCUAAUUCUUCUUCUUUCCUUUGUUUAUGAAACGUUAGAUCAUUUGUCAAUAAAACUUAUUAGCUUGAUUGUUGCUGUUAUCAUUUCAGCGAAUUUCAUGAAAUCUCAUUUAAAAAAACAUAACAGAAACAUGGCUUAACGAAAAAGUAUGGGAUUCCUAUGGAAUAGAAAUGGAUGAAUUUAACUUAUUUGUUCUGAUAAAUUGACUGACAACGUCAAAUCCAUGGGAGGUUUGGCGAUAUAUUUUGUUACCAAAAUUACAGUAAAAUAAAAAAAUACAAGAAAGAAACAUGUGGUAUGUACACCCAACUUUAAGCUGCUAUGUAUCACCUUAAGGCCAAGGGAGUUCACAAUAAACAUAAAGCUAACAAGGAACAGGCCAGUCACAGACUCUUGGAUAAUGUUAACUAUUUAAAAACGAAUAAAUGCUGACUUUGAUUUCGUUUGAAGAAAUUUAGUGAAAACUUGUUUUUCUUUAUCUUCACAAUAAUAAUAACGCACAAAAAGAAACGCAAUAAAAACAACAGAUAUUUGGGUCUUCAAGAGAAAAUUUGAUUAUGCUUUUAUGAAAUAAUUCUUUGAUUUAUAUUAUUGAUACAAAAAUAUCAUAACUUUCACAUUCAGAUAAAAUGCUUAAAAUUGUUUUUAAUUGCUAUUUUAAUGGUAUUUGCAAUUUAUAAUAAUAAUUCAUAAACAUAUAUUAAAGUAAAAACCGCAUUUUUAUUAUUUUUUAUUUUGCAUUUAAAUUUAUUUCGUUUUGCAUAAAAUUAUAGAAAAAAACAUAAUCAUGGUUUUUGUUUAUUCCGAAGGUAUUUAAAUUAAUUGGUUUCUUUUGUUAUUUACUGUCAGCCUAGUUUAUUCUCAUACUUAUGUGUGUGUUUAUAUAUAUAUAUAUUAUAAUAAAAUAGUUUUUAUAAUAGACAAUCAUCAGUAGACAUUGUGAAGCGGACGACGUCUUUAUGUCAUACUUCCCCGUGCUGUGAACUCUAGCUGACCCAAAGUUUGGCUGCGCUAUUAUCAGGGUAUAUCCUAAUAAUGUUAGUCUCCCUUUCACCUCGGCUAAAAUUAACAAAUCUAUGACCUGUUUCAUGAUUCGAGUAUUGUAGAAUAUUGUAGAAGGUUUCAGACAGGAUUACAUGGGUAUUUUGUUCUCAAAUUGUCUAAAGGUUUAGGUCCGUCUAUGACCUGUGAUGCACCCUCCUUGCCCUGCCUCAUUUUCUGUCUCGGAUUAAUUCUGUAGUAUAGGCCAAAACGUGCCAAAGUGUCCUCUUUUUAUAGCCAUUUUAAUUGUUUCUAUAGUAUAGUAGUUACUAUGCUAGUGUCUCAUUUUUAUUUUACUUAGUUUAUAUGUUUUUAAUAAUUGUAAAGCGCUUAGAGGUUUACGGUAAGCGCUAUAUAAAAAUGCCUAAAUAAAGAAAGAAAGAAAGAAAGAAACAGGCUAUACCGGUAUAUAAAGCUGAGGAAUUGAACGAAAGACGACAGAGUCAGAGACGAGAGUAUCGUCUUUUGUUGUGUAUUGUUUUAGAACGAGCCAUAUAUUCAAUUAAAUCAGGAAUUAGUCUAUCCAUACUGAUAGCAGUAAAGUAACAACACACUCAAUGUAGCAAAGAUGACCGAAGAAAAGUGAAUAUAUGUGUGUAUGGGGAAGAUUGAAAUUAAAAGUUAUUUUACUUCCUUGUGAAUUUGAAAAUUAAGAUACAUACUUUCAACAACGCUAUUAAAAGUGUCAAGUGUGUUAUUUUUAAACACAUCUCCGUUGGACACUAAGGAGGAAGCCUAUUCUUUAAAAUGGAAAUGAUGAAUCCAAAACAGCUAUUUAGCCAACUUAGCACAUGCAGUGCACUUUAUUUGAAUAGUUCAAAUUCUUGUUUCGUGUGUGGUUCAUGAUACACUCUUUUAAUAUGUGUUAUAGCAAACAAACAAAAUAUGGUUAAUUAAAAAUUUAGUGGGUUUUUUUUUUAUUAUAAAACUUUAUUUAUAUGAUAAUAUUUUUUUUAGAUUUCGAAAUAUACAUGUCAAUGAAAGGUUUAACAGUGCAGCAAUUUCCAUGAUUUAAAUAAAAAGCUAAAUUUAAAAGCAAUGUAAAUUAAUUUUAAAAUUUCAACGUUUCUAUUGACUAAAGCUUAGAUUAAUUGCCUACUUAUUAUUACAGAUAUCGUAAGAGUAACUCAAUUCCUUUCUUUUGUAACCAAAAGAAGAAUGAAGUGGAACAUUCGUAUUAUUUUAAUGGUGUUGAUCACUACUACUGGUAAAAUAAGUUUUCGUCGUUUUUUUUCGUACAUGUACUUAAGAUUUAAAAUUAAAUGUGUUCGUAAAAUUUUUGUUGUUGCUUGCUUGAUAUAUUCAUUUAUUUUUUUUUUAAAAUCUUUUCGAUGCUGAAAAGAAAAUGAAUAGUCAUUAAGAUGGCUAUACAGACAGAUGUAUAGAAAGAUAGAUAGAUAAAUAAAUAGAUAGAUAGAUAGAUGGAUAGAUAGAUAGAUCGAUAGAUAGAUAGAUAGAUAGAUAGAUAGAUAGAUAGAUAGAUAGAUAGAUAGAUAGAUAGAUAGAUAGAUAGAUAGAUAGAUAGAUAGAUAGAUAGAUAGAUAGAUAGAUAGAUAGAUAGAUAGAUAGAUAGAUAGAUAGAUAGAUAGAUAGAUAGAUAGACAGACAGACAGACAGACAGACAGACAGACAGACAGACAGACGGACAGACGGAUGGACGGACGGAUGAAUGGAUGGAUGGAUGGAUGGAUGGAUGGAUGGAUGGAUGGAUGGAUAGAUGGAUGUAUGGAUGGAUGGAUGGAUGGAUUGAUGGGUGGAUAGAUAGACUAAAAAGAGGGGUUAAGACAUGGAUUAACACAUUUUAUUUCUUAUGCACGUUGAGCAUUGUGUUAACAGAGACGUCAAAGAUGUUGCACCAUAAGUCAAUACCUUACAUCGACAAUUAAAAGCAUUUACUUGGAAAAUAGGAGAUAAAAAGUUUCAAGUUAAGACAUCUAAAGGGAGGUUAAUAUUAAAAUACAUCGUCAUGAUUUCAAACAAUAAUUAUACAACCCCUUAAAACGAACAUUUUUGUACAAAUCCUUCAUACGUAUUUUUGUGCAACUUAGUGAUGGCUAUCGUUUUUAAGAAAUCAAAGAAUCACAUUUCCUUCUUUUUUAUUCAUGUAAAAACAAGAAAAUCCUGAUUUUGUCGAGUAAGGGGAGGAGCUGAAAAUUUGGCAGAAUGUAUUGUGAUCGGGAAUAAGUCUAUCUUCCAAGCUUCAGUGCGAUACAAAGACGGGAAGUGGGUCUUUUAGUAUUUCAAACAUUUUGCAACAAACACGCGAAUACAUGAACAAUAGCUAGGUUAAUAUUAAGCAUUUAAUGAGUUCGAUUCAUAUAGUGAGUUGUAUUGAUUAGUUUUUGCUUCUGUUAUAUUUGUCGCAGUCUAAGUUUCGACUAAUAAGUUUAUUACGGUAAACAUUAUUUCAUGAAAAUUAUUUUUCAUGUCUUCUAGUCAGUCAAGAUAUACAAAUACUUCCAUACAGCCAAAAUGACAGCCUUACAAAAUGUACAAAUGGACUACUAGCUGGAGAGGAUAUAAUUGUUUUUAAAAGUCUGCUUGACUUUUCUGAUGACCUAGAUUUGAGCACAGUUUAUUUUCAAACUAGAAAAGAAUCAAAUUACCGUCAUGUAAGUUUAAAUAACUGCAAGAGGUAUGACCAAUGAGCCACUAAAUAUUAUAUUUAACUGUGUUCCAAAAACUAAUUUUAAGCACACCAAACUUCCUUUCACUAUUUUCUUCCCUAAAAAUUAUUUCUAAUGAACUGAAAUUAUCAUCUUUUUUUUAUUUUACUGGAUACAUAAAAAAAUCAUAUCAAACCCUAUGUAAUAACUGAAGUAGCAGUAUGAAGUGUUUUUUUUUAUUACAUACGGUUCGUAUUAUAGUGUGUGAAGAAGCAGCGUCAUUAAGAUAACGAUAAGGUUAACGUCUCGGCCCAUCUUCCUUUAAAUGCCAUAGCCAAAUAUACUUUCAGACAUUUUUUAAAGCGAUAAUAGCUAAUACAAUAUCGUUAAAUUAUAAAACAAUUUUUUAAAUGGCCAUUUAAAAAAAAAAUAUUUAAAAAAAAAGAUUUUUUUUUUCAGCUCUGUUUGGUCAACAUAAAAGAAAAUUGCAACUUAAAUCGAAAAAAAUGUGCAUGUAGGAAAUCUAACGAACACAUUCUGGAAAUUACAAUAAGGCUCAAUGCUUCAGUUUCAUACAGUGGCGCCUGGUUACGUGGAGUCGCUAUCCGAUCGUCUGAUAACUUACAAAAAUAUGGUCAGGAGCAGAUGUUCCCUAACAUAUACGGUAUGUCUUGUUAUACACUUAAAUUAAAUAACAGUUAACUUAGGAAGUUUUUCUUUAUUGUCAAUGUUAAUUUUAGAAGAUAAGGAUAUUAAACAUGGACAAAAUAUAAAUCUUUUACAAAUGAUUUUUUUCUAAAAUUGCAUUUUCAAUUGCAUUUUCAAUGAAAUAUAUAUUUUUAAUAAAAUGAAAGGAACAAAAUUAUAUUAAAUAGUCUCUAUGCGUAGACUGUAAUGGAUUAUGGGCAUUUGCCCAAACAAUAAUCUGAUAUAAUGAUGUUUUUUUAAUGUCACUAAUAGAUAGAAACCGCACCACUGGUCAUGUCUUUAUCAAUGGCAAACAGCAGGACACCAUCAGAAACCAUUGCGAGGAAUACAUUAGUGGACCGGAUUUGAACUUCACAUUUGUCUGUAUUGGGGAACUAUCUCCAUGUUUGAUAAUGAUCUCAGCAAAUGACUCAACGGAAGACAUACAAGGGAGAGAAUUAGCUUCUUUUUACAGCGUAUACAACAAAUCACAGGAAAUCAAUGUAAAUGUUAAGUAUGCAGCCUGCAGCUUGGAAGGAUUCUAUCAUGCUGUCAGCUGCAAGAUUAACAUAGGUGAGUGGAAUUGUUCAAACCAAAGCAUUGAAUAAUGUAUACAAAAUCAAUUUAAAGUGGUCAAUUAAUAAUAUUUAAAAAUGGCCGGAAUAUAAAAUGUUUUAAUUGUGGAGUAUAAAGGAUGAGGAAAAACUAGGUCAACACUAUAAUUUACCGUAUUAUACUAAUUUAUUUCCAGCAAGAGUUGACAAUUUCAGGUGUCAUAAUGAGAUAUCUACAGACAAAAUCAUUCUAAAAUGCAGUGCGAUUGUUUUUUCAAACAUGAAUUGUAAAUACUUCAUUAACAAACAUGACGUAGGUAUUUUAGAAAAUCUAACUCUUUUCAUAAUAUUUUACACUUUGUAUUAUUAUUAUGCUUAUAAUUUAUGUUACAUUUAAAACAAAAAAGUAAACGUAGAGAAAAGUGAAACGCAAACUUAAAAUUAGAAUGAAUAGGGAAACUAGACUUAAAUAAAAUUCAUAUUAGGAUUUUUUAAAAUGAUAUUUUAAUUCUUUGACGCAAAACUGUGUAGACAUAUCUAUAGCAGUUACAUAACAUUACAAAUGAAACACACAAUGUCUUUUCCAAUUUUUUUUUAACCAGAUAAGAGAUGUUUUACCCAAUGUCAAGGUGACUCCAAACAUGGAAAGAAUACAAUGGACGCCAUCCGCUCAAACAGCAAACUGUGGCUUUAACCUGUUAAAGACCGACGUCAGACCCGGCCUUUAUGACGUGGUGGUGGUCAUGCAACCUUCUGUGGACACUUAUGACGACGAUAUUAAACUAGGAACAAACGCAAACAUUUCUAUUCCAAUAAGUAAAUAAAUAACGUUUUUUUAAAUGGAAGUUUAUAACGUGUCAUACGUGAUAAAGGGCUUUCCUAACAACUGAUAACAAGAAUCUCAUAUGCAUUUUAAAGUUAUUUUGACAGACCGAAAGUCAGGGUUAUUUGAAUUUCCAUAACAAUUUUAUAUUGUAUUUAAAUAUCGUAAGAUUGUGAGCCUUAAUUUAAACGUUUGUCAAUAUUUUCGAUGUACAAAGAAAGCUUUAGAAAUAGUGACAACAAUAGCAAAAAUAUAGUUUGAGUUUUAUGGACUUGUCUCUGGUACGCACAAUAUUCAUUUAUAACAUUGAUAGUAAUAAACUAUGAACAAAACAUAAAAUAUAAAACAUACAUAUAGAGUUAUUGAAUAAAAUGUAGUUUAUGGAAUGGUAUCUGCUACGCUCAAUUUGCAUCUUUAUCCUUUAUAGUAAGAAACUAUAAUGCAAACAUAAAUACAUAAUAUACCCAAAGAACUAAAUGAAUUCAUAAAAUUGUAAUUAAACGUGUUGAGUUAACAUAAAUAUAUCAGCUCGUUUUUUGUUUGUUUUGAAAGGAUUAUAUAUAUAUAUAUAUAUAUAUAUAUAUAUAUAUAUANUAUUAUAUAAUAUAAACUUUGAUAAGGUUAAACUGUAACGCCGAUUUCAAUGGCCCACAAUAUAAAAUUCCAUAUAAUUGCAUAAAUGAGUGACGAAAUUUGAGCUAAUAACGAGGAAAACUAAAAUACUCUUAUUAAAUUGAACAUGAAAAAUAUAUUAUGAUUGUGCAUAAAGUGAGUGACUUUGUUAUUAAUGGAGUUACGUUAAAGGGGGAUAAAACUUAACAAAAUAGUUGUGUGUUGAGGAUUUAUUUACUUUGUUUUAGGCAGGACAAGAUACGCCAUUGAUUGUGUGGGUUAAUAUGAUUGGUAUAGCACUAUUUCAAACUUCAACCAGGUUACAUACCAAAAAUUGGUAUAUUCAUACUUUAAAGAACAAAAAAAAUGAUUUUUUAAAAAACUUCCUACCUCAAAUACUUUUCAAUGGGAAGAAAUAGGAUGAGUACAUCUUUAAGUGAAUAGCACGAUAUUUCAAUCCGAUACGACAGUGGUAAAGAACACGUUUUAAUAUUUUCGUCCAAAAUAUAAUAAAUACGUGUUACGGUAAAGUCAGAAGAUCAAGGUCACUUUUCGUGGACACAUUGUGGACACAUUUACAUCAAUAAAUGUAUAUAUAAAAACUUAGUGACUUUUGCAAAAGGAACAUGAAGGAUACUCUUUUCUUUCAAACUAAGGACAUCGUUAUUUUCACAUUACUUCAAAAUACAAAUUUCAAGGGUAGGGCUGAGUUUUGGUCAAACAUAUUUGUGGAUAAAAAAAUCUUAAAACCCAAUCAUUGUACAGGAUGCAGAAUUUAAACUUAAAAAUUUGAGUACAUAUUUUUUUUUUUGUAAAUGCAAAUCAGAAGGUGGUGUGAAAAAAAAAGUACGGGCUAAGAUUGUCUUUAAAUGUAAGGAAAUAUUUAUUUUGCGCAAAAUAUAUUUGAGAGAAAUGGAAUAGUUUAAUGAGAAUUGCUCUUAAAAUACAGAUUAAUAAGACACGCACAAAUUGUGUCAAUAAAACAAUAUAAGGGAGCUUUAAUAAUAAUUAUAUAUUAUACAUAAGUAAACGUUUAGGCACAUGCCUUCAUCAGUACAAACAAACAAAACACAUUUAAAUAGGUAUAAAUUAAAUUUACAUAAUAUAACUAUAAAUAUCCUUCCUAAAACAGAAAAAUAGGAGAUGGUGCUAAAACCAGAUAAAAACAAAGUAAAGAGGAGUAGAAAGGAAGUUUUUUAAUAUAAUUGUAAAAAGCAAACAGGAAAAAGACAUGGCAGUUAGGUAAAAUUGUGGAUUUGGUUCAUUCCAUAUGGAGACAACGUACCAAAUAUAGUUAUUAAUUUUUUCUCCAUAUAGAUUCUAUCUGUAGUGCCACUAGUAUAGAGUACAAAAUACUUUAAGACGUGUAAAUUAGAUACGAGAUUCGUCUUUAAAUAUUACAGAUGUCUAGUAAAGAUUUUAUCAUUAUACAAUUAAGGAGCAAGGCAGAGGGUGGUUUAAUUUUCAAACCGAAUAAACCAUUUCAAAACAAUCCGUUAAUGCUAGAGAUAUUUAAAAUGGUGAGCUACUUAUUUAUUGUUUUGUUUAAUGGUUAAAAACAUUUUUUUUACAAUUUUUUAAAUAUGUUUUCCUCGUAGUUCGUGGGCGGUCCAAUUGGUUUGAUCUGCUUAUUUUAUAUAUAAGAGAAAAUGCUCAACCCUAAUGAUGUGAGAAACCUAAAUAUUUAUACUUAGCUACGUAUUGAAAAAUAACAAAAGUCUAAUUUAGAAUUUUAUAGAUAUACAUUUCAAGGGCGUUGACAAGGAAAGCUAUCCUUUUAUUUAAGAUCAAAUGCACCAAAACUCAAUUCAAUUACAACCGUGAAAAAUGGAAUUUUAGAUCUUGAGACUUCACAGGAACAUUUGGAAAGUAACGUAAUAUGCAUUCCAUUAGUAUCCCGUUAACAUCGGGUCAUAUAUUCUGGUAUAUAUAUUUGUUUAUAAUAUAUAUAUAUAUAUAUAUAUAUAUAUAUAUAUAUAUAUAUAUAUAUAUAUAUGUGUUUUUAUAUAUUGGCUAUAUUUAAAGAGAUGUAGUACAAAAUCAUAUCCUUGACACAUAAAACAUACCAUAUUAAUGUUUUCUUUUACCCUUCAAUUAUAUUAAAUUAAAAAACACUUUUCAGUGACGUUUGAAGACAUUUCCUGUGUCAAUGACAGCACUGAUGAUGUCGUCAAUGUGAGCUGCAAUGUCGCAAGAAUUUAUCCCCAGGCUAAAUGUCGUGUCGUGAUUAUUGGCAAAAACGUGCGUUGAAAAUAGUUCCAUGUUACUAUAUGUUUCAGGGGGGUAAAUGUCAUGUCCAUAUGUUUUAUUGAUAAGAAGUUGACUCGUACAUGAACUAUUAAUAUUAUUCAAAAAGAACAUUUUAUAGUUAUGAACAUAAACGUAUCAAGAUCCAUUUUCUUUUUCUUUUAAAAAUAAUGUAUUAAAUUAAAUCAUAAUGUUUAAGUUUAUUUUUUAACAGGAAAAGAUAAUCAUUCCAGAAACUAAUAUAACAUUAGUUAACGAACUUGUACAGAGUAACGCUACGUACUACACAUCUCAAUGUGUCUUCACUGCUAACACAAUGACCUUUAACCCCGGUCACUAUGAACUAGUUGUUACACUAUACACCGGUAUUGAAAAUGAUUUGAGAUUUGCUGAUCCAUGGUCAGUGUUUCUGCACAUCCGAGGUUAGUACUAAUCUUAAAUAGAGUACUGUCGAAUCUUUAUCGGGAAUUAGCGUACUAUUCUUUUUAUGAUAUCUUAAUCAAUUUUUUCUGGAGAAACUUUAAAAUGAAACUGACUUUCUAAUCUUGGUAUUAUAGAAAAUUAAAUUUAAAAUGUAUCAUUUAUUUUUUAAAAAUACGAUUUAUAAAUUUUUCACAGGAAACGAAAGAAAAUGAUCGCUCAUGGUUAAUUAUAUUUUAUUAGAAACAAAAAUAUCGUUCAAAAAUAUAUAUAUGAAACGAAAAAUGCGAAACUGAUGCUAAAGUUACUAUUAAUGUUUUUAGUUUACAUUGAAUUUAUGUUCAUUCAUACACGGGUAUUAAAAAUGUCCUUUGUUUAUUACAUAAUCCUGGACCGCCUGGGACUUGAGGCAAAGGUCAACGAUUGCUAUUUAUGUCUUUCUAUCGAAUGAUUCCAUUAUAGAUGUAUCCUUGCUAAGGUUUCAUUUGUACAGGAUUAAUCUCUUUUGAUGUACCCAAGACUUGGAGGUUUCUGUUAGAUCUUACCCACAAAUCUAACUCUUCUAGCUGAAAUUGCGUUUUAAACAAAUCGCCCUUCAAAAUUCAAUGAUUUGACAAGCAGCUGUGUAUAUCCAACUGAAUCAAUAUUAGUUACUUUUGCAGAGCUAACAUUUGAUUUUUACGUAUAACACAAUAGACCAGUCACUUACAUUUUUCUUUUGUGAUAUCUCUUUCGUACAGACUCUAUCGAAUAUACAUAUGACGCUAGGAGUACAGAGGUUAUUGCCUACAUCGCUGGUGGAAACACUUUGAUAAUACUCAUAUUUGUUGUUAUUGGUUACUAUAAACUGAAGGGUGAGUUAUGUAAACAAAUAUUGGAAUCUGUGUUUAGUGGUUGGCUUUUGAGAAAUUUAAAUAGCAGACCAUUUAAAAGCAAGGCAACAUAUUUUUUUUUUUAAUUAACCAGGACUUUAAAAUACAAUAUCAAAAGUUUUAUAUUACUCUAAUACAGUUAGUAAACUUCAUAUCAAAUAUAUUUAAAAAUAAUAAUUGUGCUAGACACAGUAAUACUUUAGUAUUUCUUCAUUAGGAAGUCGUUAAAAUAAAAAUAAUGGCUGCAUAACUAAUGGAAUAUUGACUUCUACCCCAUAAAGAUUCCCGCUGGACAUGUGACAGUUGUCUCCCAUGUGUAACAAGCAAGAUAGUGCCCGGCAAUUAUGACGUGAUCAACCAAGGAUAUAUUUUAGUCGAUGCUGGAAUCUAUCGGGACAAUAAUGAAUACGAUACAAGUGGGUACAUUUUGAUUGAAUCGAGCAACCCCAAUGAAAAUACGCAACAGAUCGAAUCCGACCAGCACAAUAUUUAUGAGACUAUUGAUGAAGAUGUGUUGACUUCGAGAGUUGUUUUUCUUAGCAACAUUCAGCACGUUAAGAUGGAUAUAAAUAAGGUGGACACGGACAUUGAUACGAGGAACGGAGAUACUAGCAAUUCUGAUUGUAACAGUUCAAGUUCAACUUCAAGACACUGUCAGUUAGGGAGCCAAGAUUAAGGGCAGGCUGUUGGAACUAACGUUGACAUUACAGACACUUAUUCGUGUGGUAACCAUUCUAAUUUUCGCAUGAAAGAUGAUCUUCCAUGUGGUUGUAUUAUAAACGUUGAAUUCACAGGUAAUCCUACUUGUGGUAGCAGAACUAAUGAUACUACAAGAACUCAUUGUUUUGAUAAAAUCAUUUAUGUUUUGUCUCCAGACGAUCGUUUUUGUGAUGUUAGCAAUAUCGGUGAAACCACAGACAGUGCUGCAGGUGGUAGUGAAACUCAGCUUGAAAUUAAAAUGUAUCAUCCUAGUACUGGAAAAUGUGAUUUGGACAAUACAUAUCAAGAAACGUUUCCAAGUAUUGCCGAUGAGGGCAGCAGAACUUUACACCAUCUUUGAUGUUUUGAUAGUUUAUAACUUUAUACAUCUUAAUUUGUUCGAAUUUAAUGACAAAUUUUAUUAUCAGAUCAUCCGUUUUGCAAUGACAAAGAUAGUCAGAACAACUUAUGAAUGUUUAUCUGUGGGUAAUUUGGAACAUCGGUGGAGAGAAAACUACAAAGGUUCCUUCCCUGAAUAAUAAAAGGAUAUGUAUAGAUGAAUAUUUAGCAAUAAGGGCAUGAACGCAAUAUGCUAGAACUUUUUAUUGACUUCAUUAGAGAUUUUCAUUCAACAAUUUAAUUUGCUUCAACGAUGGUCAGCGAACGUUUAAUUUUUUGUUGGACAUCAAAAUUAGACUUAACAAAUAUCUGCGUCCAUUUAUUAUAAGACAACAGGCUGUCACAUUUUCUGCUAUUUUCAUCGUCCUAUCCUCAUUCAUGUAAAAAUGUCUUAUUUUUUUCUGAGUUUCUUAGAAUAAGAAAACUUUGUUGCAAACAUUAUAAUUUUUUAGAAACAAUGGCGGAUAUUGUUCGACUUUUGCUGAUUUAGGUAAUAUCCUGAACACAUUUUAAAUAACGCUGUCACUCAAAUUAAAAGACUCUUGUAUAACAUAGCCGGACAAGACUUUUGUCCAGUUUCCAAACAUUUAAAUAGGGCUAACCAUAAUGGAAUUACAAACGUUGCAUCAGUUACUGGUAUAUAGUGCGUAAGUAAUACACUGUAUAGAAUUUAAAUGGAAAAUAAAUUAAUAACAAGUUUUGUUUCGUUGACAUUAUACGGUUUAAACCAAAUUCACAAUUUAGCGCAGCUGCAAUGUAUUUUCCUGUUUGAUUUUUAAAUGCUACUACCACCCACUUCCUUUCCAAUAUAUGUGAUUUUUUUUUUUGUAAGGUACGUGAGCCCUCUUAUUGUUUACCCUCAUAUUCUACUGAUAAAUGCAUUUGCUGAAACGUCU